AUCCUUCUUGCCUCUCCUCUCAAACAUACCAAAACCAAGGUGCUACAAGCCUCUGUGUGUUAAGGCAAACUCUAGGAGGAGAAGAAACGCAAGAGAGAGAUAUGAAGCUUAACAGUGCAGCCAUGGCAGCUGAUCAGUCCAACAAAAGGAGCAAUAGGGUUUCAUGCAGAAGGCUUGGAGGGUAUCUUAGACAGCAGAAAGGGAGGCUCUACAUCAUUAGGAGAUGUGUGGUUAUGCUUCUCUGCUGGCAUGACUAAUUUGCAAUUGGUUUAAGUUUUCAACAUCAGCCACUAAUUUUUUUCCAACUUGAAGCAAAGCAAAGCAAGCAAGCAUCUUCAACCAUUGCUGCAGUGAAGUUUCAGCAAAUCAUCAAUCAUCUCUCUCUCUCUCUCUCUCUGUCACCCUUCUACAAUGAUGAGGUGUAAAUAGCUAGCAAUGAGAAAUGUCAGUGAUGAUGCACAAUUGUUUUUUUCUUUUCCUGCAGAAUUUGUACGACAGAAAAUCUUUGAAUUAAUUAGAUAUUUGGAACCAAUUUUAGAGAAGCUUGUGUUUCACCUC